GGUCGGCAGCUCUCAGCCCCCGGGGCGCCUCCUGCCCCCUGCAGCCGCCUCCGUCGGGCUCCCCGCUCCCUCCCGCUUCCCUUUGCUGCCGGGGAUCGGGGCCGCCCCGCCGCCGCAGCGCAUGGCCGGCCACUUUGGGAGCAUCCUGGUCGGCUCCUACCUGGAGAUCAAGCGCAGCGAUGGGCGCAUCCACCCGGCGCUGGUCACGGCGCUGCACCGGGCCAGCUCCAGCCUCACCGUGGAGUGGGUCGAGCAGGGGGCCAACAAGGGCAAGAGGGUGGAGCUGCCGCUCGCCUUCGCCCUCAACCCCCACCUGGCCCCCGCCGCGCCCUGCUCCGCCCAGGGCGACCAGAGCCUCCCGGCCGAGCCGGCGGCGACGCCCGCCAAGCUGGAGCCGCCCGGCGGGGACGGCGGGGAGCCGGAGCCCGGCCGGCCCCGCGCGGGGCGCUGCAGCCCCGGCAGGAAAUCGCCCUGCGUGCGGCAGGUGGAGCGGCUGCAGGAGCUGCGCCAGAAGCGGCGGCGGCAGCAGCGGGAGCUGCGGGAGCAGCGAGCCCAGCAGGCGGCCGCCUCGCCGCACCCCAACUACGACGUGAUCUGCAUGAUCCAGGAGCACCGGGGCCGCCUGCACGGCGGGGCGCUGGGCGGCCCCGAGCCCGGCCCCCAGCACCGGAUCCGCGUCUGCGUCCGCAAGCGGCCGCUCAACCCGCGGGAGGCCGGGCUGCAGGACUUCGACGUGGUGACCGUCCCCUGCCGGGGCGUGGUGGUGGUGCACGAGGCCCGGCAGAGGCUGGACCUGAGCCGCUACCUGGAGAGCCAGACCUUCCGCUUCGACCACGCCUUCGACGAGAGCGCCCCCAACGAGCUGGUGUACAGGCACACGGCCCAGCCGCUGGUGGAGAGCAUCUUCCGCGGGGGCAUGGCCACCUGCUUCGCCUACGGCCAGACGGGCAGCGGCAAGACCCACACCAUGGUGGGAGACCUCUCGGCCAAGGGCCAGGGCUGCCCCAAGGGCAUCUACACCCUGGCAGCCCAGGAUGUCUUCUGCUGGCUUCGGGAGCCCAGCUACGAGCAACUGGAGCUCCAGGUCUACGGGGCUUUCUUUGAGAUCUAUGGGGGCAAGGUGUACGACCUGCUCAACUGGAGGAACCGGCUGAAGGUGCUGGAGGACGGCAAGCAGCAGAUCCAGGUGGUGGGGCUGCAGGAGGAGGAGGUCAGCUGCGUGGAGGAUGUCAUGAAGCUCAUCGAGAUGGGCAACAGGUGCAGGACGUCAGGCCAGACCUCUGCCAACACCCACUCCUCCCGCAGCCAUGCCAUCUUCCAGAUCAUCCUCCGGAAGAGAAGGAAGCUGCACGGCAAGUUUUCCCUGAUUGACUUGGCUGGGAAUGAGAGAGGAGCCGACACCGGCAGUGCGGACAGGCGGACAAGGCUGGAAGGGGCUGAGAUUAACAAGUCUCUCCUGGCGCUCAAGGAAUGCAUCAGGGCCCUUGGGCGCAACAAAGCCCAUACCCCAUUCAGGGCUAGCAAACUCACCCAGGUUUUAAGGGACUCGUUCAUAGGGGAGAACUCAUGCACGUGCAUGAUCGCCACCAUCUCUCCAGGGAUGAGAUCCUGUGAGCACACUCUCAAUACUCUAAGGUAUGCCAACAGGGUGAAGGAACUGACUGUAGAUCCUAAUUCUCUUGGACAGUUACAUCCAGUCAUCACCCAGUUCCCAUAUCAGCUGGAUGACCUGAAGAAACCAUGGACUGUACAGAGCUUGCCUGAAACGGAUGAGUUCAAAGUAUUUUGUGUACAGAAAGAGGAGGAAGUCUCUCCUCAGUUGUUUACUUUCAAUGCCAGAGAGAAAGCCCAGAAGAAAAGAAAAGAGUUGGAUGAGAAAGCACUUAUAGAUGAGCACCAGGAGUCUCUUCGGUGGUUGAAAGUGUUCCUGGAAGUGGCUGAAGAAAUAGAUUAUGAUGUGGAUUUUUAUGCUGCACAAUUUGAAGCAGUCCUGGGGCAAAAGAUUGGCAUUCUGACUGAGAUCCAAGAUAAAGUGAAAUCAUUCCGGUCAAUCCUGCGUAAGGAACAACAUGGCGGCAACCAGAUCAGUGUGAAGAGAUCCCGUGUUCUGUAAAUUGAGCAGAAAGAUUGUAAACUACUGUAAGAUGGCAAUUGUUAUGAUACCGCGGCUCUAGCCACCCAACAACUUGAUUGCUUAAAGGAUACUUAAAAGAUG